AUGUGCCGGGGGGCUUUGGAGAGAAAAAAGGAAAAAUAAAAUCUUAGGGGAAAAAAAAAAAGAAAUGGAGAGGAGUCCAUCAGGAAGGGCUCCUUGGUAGAAGGUAGUUUUAAACAGGAUUGAAAAAGAAGGGAAUGGACAGAGCUGAGCAGGUGUUUGUUGACUAACAAGAGCUGGGACCUUGGAGAUAUGGAGGGAAAUCGAACAGGGCCUGGCCUCUGAUCUGCUCAAAUCUAGUUGGGGAGGCAAGGUGUGAAUUCAUGAAGAAGCCACUAACCAUGGUGACGCGAUGGUUCUCAGCCUUCACCAACCAUCAGAAUCACAUGGGGAAACUUGUUUAAAAUCCUGAUUCCCAGGCCUCACUAGCCCUACUCGUGUGAGAUGGGGUUGAGGAGCUGUGGCAAAUGUGCAGUGUCCUGAGGAGGGAAGGCGUUACCAAAGGAGUGGUUUGAGCUGCAUCUUGAAGGAUGGGUACGAUUUGGAUGUGUGGAGCGGCUGGGGAGUCUGUCCUGGUUGACUUGAGGAGUAACUUUGCUUUGGGUUUGUAGAAAUGGCAUGUGCCAAGUUUCGGAAGUUGGGGUAGGAAAGGCAUUUUGAAAGUGUGAGUGGAAUGAUCAGGCUGGAACACUGGGUUUGCGUGGGAGUGGUGAGAAGGAAGACUGGAAGGAACGGCCUUUGCAGGUGACAGAGGUCACUGGAGUGCUCCCUCUGCCCCCCGCCUCCUCCCCUUACUUCCCUCUUUGUCUUCCCCUUUUUCCUUCCUUCCUCCCUUCCCCCCUUCCCCUCUUUUGUUCUCCCCCCCUCACUUACACAUAACAUUUCUUUCCAUCCUUUAUAUCAAUCUUACGAAGUGGAUAUUAUUCUUAGUAUAGAUGGUCCCUGACUUAUGAUGGUUCGACUUAUGAUUUUUCAGCUUUACGAUGGAUGGUGCAAAAGCGAUAGGCAUUCAGUAGAUCCAGUACAUCGCAUUUUGAUCUUUUCCUGGGCUAGUGAUGUGAGGUAGGAUACGCCUGUGACGCUGGGCAGCAGCAGCGAUCUGCAGCUCCCAGCCAGCCACCUGAUCAUGAAGGUAAACAACCGGUGACAGUGACAUGGCUGUGCCCCAGGCUUUCCUGCUGGGGCCCCUCCAUGAGCCUGCAGGUGGCCUGAUGGAGCCCCAGCCCUGCCCUCGAAGCUUGGCUGAGGGCUUCCUGGAGGAGGAGCUUCGGCUUAAUGCUGAGCUGAGCCAACUGCAGUUUUCAGAGCCUGUGGGCAUCAUCUACAAUCCCGUGGAGUAUGCGUGGGAGCCACAUCGCAACUACGUGACCCGCUACUGCCAGGGUCCUAAGGAAGUGCUCUUCCUGGGCAUGAACCCCGGACCUUUCGGCAUGGCCCAGACUGGGGUGCCCUUUGGGGAAGUGAAUGUCGUGCGGGACUGGUUGGGCAUUGGGGGCCCUGUGCUAACCCCUCCCCAAGAGCACCCUAAGCGACCAGUGCUGGGACUGGAGUGUCCACAGUCAGAGGUGAGCGGUGCCCGAUUCUGGGGCUUUUUCCGGAACCUCUGUGGACAGCCUGAAGCCUUCUUCCGUCACUGCUUUGUCCACAAUCUGUGUCCUCUGCUCUUCUUGGCUCCCAGUGGGCGCAACCUCACCCCUGCUGAGCUGCCUGCCAAGCAGCGAGAACAGCUUCUUGGGGUCUGUGACACGGCCCUCUGCCGGCAGGUGCAGCUGCUGGGGGUGCGGCUGGUGGUGGGAGUGGGGCGGGUGGCUGAGCAGCGGGCACGACGGGCUCUGGCAGGCCUGAUGCCCGAGGUCCAGGUGGAGGGGCUCCUGCACCCCUCACCUCGUAGCCCACAGGCCAACAGGGGCUGGGAGACGGUGGCCAAGGAGAGACUGAAUGAGUUGGGGCUGCUGCCACUGCUAACAAAAUGAGUGCCCCUGGGGCACAUAGGACACAGUCAAGGCCCCAAGUCAUUCUUGGGCACGCAGAUCUACACGCCUCCUGGACAAGCAACAAGGUCAUCCUCAGCUCCCCGCUUCCUGGGAACCGCGUUCUUUGAUCAUUGGAGCUGUCUUCCGACCCGCUCGGGCAGUCUUGACACUGCUCCUGCUUGCCCUCUGAUCCCUGCUUUCGUCACCUUCCUUUGAGCAUUGCCUCUUUGGCUCUGUGGUACCUAGCUCCACAGAGAGUCAGCAGCUGCAAACUGCUCUACCUCACUGUUUCCUUGGGAGUCUCUCUUCAGCUGAGAGUCACCCACACAGUGACUUCUGAGGUCAUAUUUGCUGUUUUAGAGAAAAGAUCCUGCCAGGAUCCCCACCUGUCCUCAUAGAACAGGUUGCUUCAGCUGACCCCUUUCCUCACAGGAGAAAGCAUGGGGCAAGGAUGGUAAGAGUGAACUUCUUAUGAGAGACUGAGGCUGGAUCAGAGGGAGAAAGAAUUCAGUGUGGCAGAGUGGGAAAGGCCCGAAGACUGGGAUUUUCAUCCCAGCUUUGAGACUUGUGAACUUUAUGACUUGGGACCAGUUGAUUAACCUCUCCAAGCCUUAGGACCCUCAUCUCUAAAAUAGGGAUCCCUCCCCAUGGGGUUGGUGUGAGGGUUAACUGAGACAACCCUUGAGAGUGCCUUGCAUAGUGCCUGGCACAGGGGUACUCGUUACACCUCUUGCCUCCGGGCUGGGGAGUCACUGCACUACAAAGGAAGCCCCUCCACCCUGAAGACCCUGCUGGGGGGUCUGGGCCUCCUCCUUGGCCAGGGCGAGGGGCGGAUUCUAGCCCUGCCAGCAGUGGACCAAUGACUUUAUGAAAAACCCAGCUUAUGAUUUUUCAGUCUUAAGCAUUAAAAGCUCCUAAACCCUU